AUGGCCAGCCAAGGCACCAACGACCCGUCGGUUCAAGAGUACUACACGAGUGCAGAGUCUCGCCUCGGCUAUGCUGUACUCCUCGGAAACGCUCGACACUGUGGCUUCUGGCCAAAAGGAACGUGGUGGCCUUUCCCGAUAGGUCGGGCUCAGCGCGUCAUGGAAGAGAAGCUAUACCAGCGGCUGGAUCUGCCAAAAGACUCUUUGGUCUUGGACGCCGGGGCAGGGUCGGGCUUGGUGGCCGCCUACAUGGCGAAGCAAGGUCUUCGGGUACAUGCCAUCGACUUGACGCCCUUGCAUGUGGAGCAAGCCACGAACAAUAUCGAAUCUUGGGGACUCAGCGACCGCGUUUCCGUACAGCUUGGCGACUAUCAUGACCUCUCUGGCUUCGAAGACGAUUCAUUCGACGGCAUCUACACCAUGGAGACCUUUGUCCACGCCGAUGAUCCUGUCAAGGUGUUGCGGAACUUCUAUCGCCUCCUCCGGCCAGGCGGCGUCCUGGUACUUCACGAGGCCGAUUUCCAUUGGGACUCCGAGGUGCUGCAAGAGGUCUUACGCUUGUCGCAUUGCCAGAACACGUUGAAAGAGGGGAGCUACGAGGAGAUGCUUGGAGAAGUCGGCUUUGGGCACACCACGAUCGACGAUAUGACGGACAACGUGCUUCCUCUAUGGAGGCUUUUCGGAAUCAUAGGCGCCGUGCCUUACGAGAUCUUGAAGCUUUGUGGCCAACAACAUCGCUUCAUCAAUAUCAUGGCUGGGGUCGAGGCUUAUCGUAAUUGGGGACAAGGGAGAUACAUUUCUGUUCGGGCCACCAAGCCCAAGGGACCUGGGUAG